AUGGCUGAGCCUCGCGAUCAUAUCCCAAUGCAAGAUGACUUCAAAAUCCAGAUCCUCCACGAGCCUACAGAAACUCCUUCCCUUUCUCGCCUCACCUCAAACGCGCCAUCAGAGGUAGAAAAAUGGUCUGCACGCUUCGAUACCUGCAGCAUGGUCUCGUUUCCUCUCUCUGUCUCCAUCCUCGCGGGACCUGACGCCGCAUUUUACACGAUGACGGUCUUUCUGGUGCCGGUGGUCAUGUUCCAACUUUAUUGUUGGUGGCGUCAUUGGUCUGCUGGCCGACAACAAAACUCCAAGUGA